ACGUGAACGAAUGCCUUGUGGACAAUGGUGGCUGUCAUCACGACUGCAGUAACACGAUCGGCACCUAUUACUGUCGCUGCUGGCCCGGUUUUCAGCUGGCCAGUAACGGAAAGACAUGCAUUGACGUCGACGAAUGUGACACUCAGAAUGGAGGCUGCGAACACCGCUGCGUAAAUUACGAGGGAGGAUUCCGCUGCGAAUGCCCCGCCAACAGUCAGCUGCACUUCGACGGCCGCCGAUGCAUAA